AUGAUUGUCUCCCACUCUCUAGGGUUGGUGUAUAUCUACCUCCAUAUCUGCCACGCUUUGUUGUCCCAUCGUGAAGUUCACACUCAGCUCAUCAUCAAGCACCAGUCAUUCUUUUGCCUUUUCCUACAACCCUUCGCUCACUCUAAACACUUUGAUUUCACAAUGAAGUCUGCCGCCAUUUUUUCCCUGGUCCCUGCCGCUGCGGCCUUCUGCCACCACGGCACAAACCUUUACAAGAGGGACCAGCUCUUCCAGAGAGCUGACGGAGCCUUUGGGUUCGAUGCCCUCAACGGCCCCCUGAACUGGCAAUCCCUCACUGCCGACAACGUCGCCUGUGCCGUGGGCAAGAACCAGUCUCCCAUCAACGUUCAGGAGUCCAACACCAAGCAGGUUCAGGGUUCAACCAUCACCUUUACCCCGGAGGAGCACCCCUACGGCGCCACGCUUGAGAACCUGAAUGGCUUCCUCGAGGUUCGGGCCAAUGGCACCAUGGAGAACGGUGGAUUGACCUACAGCCUGCGUCAAUUUCACUUCCACACUCCCAGCGAGCAUCGCAUCAACGGAGAGCACUUCCCUCUGGAGGUCCACUUCGUCUGGGAAGCUGAAGUCGGCAACGGCUCUUCCCUCGCCGUGGUUGGAUUCCCCAUUGAGGUCGCUGAGACGUCCAACCCUCUUCUGGCUUCUGUUUUCAAGAACAUUGACCAAGUCACCGCGGUCGGAUCUCAUGCCGCGACUGGUCCUUUGGACUUCGCGAGCCUUGCCGACCACCUUUCGAAGAACAUCAUCUACCAGUACUCUGGCUCCCUCACUACCCCCCCUUGCACCGAAGCCAUUGCGUGGAACGUGGUUAGAACACCCAUCCCCAUCGACAUCGCCACAUACCUGAAGGCCAAGAGCAUCAUGAAGUACAACGCUCGCUUUACCCAGAACAGCCCGGGCGAGAUCAACCUCUUGGAGAACGCCUACCAGAGCCUCAAGAAGAUCCUUGGAGACAACCAAGGUAAGAGCUACUAG